CGCCAGAGGGCGUUUGCACAUACCCAGCAUUCCCUGAUAGACGCGCCUGCGCGUUGGUAGCCUGUACGCGAUUUCCGGAGUGCGAAGCCUGCAAGUGGUGAGGUUUCCCCUGAUUCCAGCGGCUUCUCAGACCUCUACAUUCUAACAUGAUGGCCAGUCUGCCCAGGAGAAUCAUCAAGGAGACACAGCGGCUGACACACGAGCCUGUGCCGGGAAUCAGCGCCAUUCCGGACGAACAAAAUGCUCGCUAUUUCCAUGUGGAUGUCAUGGGCCCAUCUGAGUCCCCAUUUGAAGGAGGUACAUUCAAGCUGGAGUUGUUCUUGCCAGAAGACUACCCCAUGGCCCCGCCCAAAGUGCGCUUUAUGACCAAGAUCUACCACCCCAACAUAGACAAGCUGGGGAGAAUCUGUCUAGACAUCCUGAAAGACAAGUGGAGUCCAGCAUUGCAAAUCCGCACAGUGCUGCUGUCGAUCCAGGCCUUACUGAGCGCGCCCAACCCUGACGACCCACUAGCCAAUGACGUUGCAGAGCAGUGGAAGGUGAACGAGUCCCAUGCAAUAGAGACAGCAAAAGCAUGGACGCGACUGUAUGCCAUGAAAAGCUGAGGGUGGGGAGGAGGGUCAAGCAGCUCAACACUGUAGGGAUGCCAUCAACCUAGCAAUAGUGAAUGGAGAGGAAACCUUCUCCUUCCCUCCCUUCUAGCAGUGACCCCUAGCAGAUUAUUUCCACACUGCAGGAUCAACUUGGAUGGUUGAUGUUCUAAACUAAGCUCUCAUUGUCUGCUAAUCCCAUUGUUAUCUACUCUCCAAGCAAAGGUUGAUAGUGACCUUUUCCGUACAUGCUGUAUUUUUCUGCCAGCUUUCAGAAAAAGAUGGCAUAUGUGGUCACGAUUUUCCCCAUCAACCUCUGCAUGGAGAGUAAUCGUUAUCUUUCUUUGUACCAUUGUACAGAAUCGUUCCUGAUUUUAUAGAAUGCACAUUGUAAUAAUUUCAGCAUCUCACAGCAGCAGUGUGAAAAUGGUGAACUGGGGUGACAAAUUUGUCCCAGUCCACACCUUUUGGACACGAUAGUUUUAAACUGAAACCUUGUGUCACGCCUGCCAGACACCCAAGUACUGUCAGCAAUGCGAUGAACCAUUCUGAUCUGUGCUGUAUCUAGUCUCCACUCCUGUAUCACAUCAUGUUCACUUGGGGUCAGAUUAUUUACUUGGUUCAAUAUAUACAAAAAAAUGUAUACGAAACUUGUUUGUAUAAAAAGUUUUGGCAUAUUCACCAACUCAGAAAGCAUAUACAUUAGAUUGAUAUCGGAUGAAUGUCGAGUAUAUGUAGGUAGCUUUAGUUUUGUUUUUUCUGUUUACAUUGAUGUAAAAUGUACACUGUGAUGUUGUUUAUGUCCUUUACAGUCAAAAAGGUCUGUGUUUGGUUCGUACAUCAUUGUGAUAUUCUUUAUACAGCUGUCAAAGAAUAGAUUAAGAAAUGUUUUCUCAAGAGAGAUCAAGAAAGUUUCUGGGAAAAGUGGAGAAAUAGCACGAGUUUCAGAUAGACUACAGUAGAAAGAAUUCUUACUGAUGAGGUAGGAUGUGUAACAAAAAGAUGCUUAACAGGUUUUCUGUUACCAGAAUUUCAAAGUCAUACCUACCGGUGUGUAUGUGCUUGCUGGAAAGUAAUUCACAAUAAUGAAGCUUUGGUAACAUAAGGCAGGCAAUAGAGGAUAGUAGUGUUGGUACAUGGACGCAAACUGCUGAAACUUCUGGGUUAUCCAGCCCCCAUAGCAGAUAUAAAAACUUUUUCCCAUGAAAAUAAAUGGUGUAGAAAAAUACGUUUGUUCCUUUUCACCUGCACAGAAGGCUAGGGGCAACAUGUGUACUGGCAAUACUGACCAAUCCAGGUUAUUUCAUUGGUUGUUAGACUACGUAUUAUCUACUUCAGUUAUUUUUAAGUCCACAUUUUCUACAGCCACAAAAUAUAGCAUGUUUUCCUUUCAAGGCUUUACAUGUUUCUAUUUUGAGACAUCUAACAGCCAAAGAAAUAACGUGGCUUGGCUACAGAAGGAAAUGGCCAAGGAUAGAAAGACUGGCAAAAGCAGAUGGGUGUGAUCGCACUGCUCGCUUCAUUGGGGAGGGGGGUGUACAUGUACCUGUAAAUUUGAUGUUAACAGCUUCCUGAGAAGUCUAGAUUCUAAACAACAUGGACAAAGUGAUGAAACUGUUGUAAUAGAUCAUUUACUUGUUGAAGGGGGUGUACAAAAGCAUGCAUGUAGUUCUAUUUAUUGUAUUAUUCUGAAUGGGAUGGCAUGGUGGGGCAAAAAAAUUAGCUUUGUGUUCCAGAUUGAACAAACUAUCAAAAUCAGUAAUGAAGGCCUUUUGAUUAUGAGGAGGAACUUAAUACUGUCCUUUUGGCAAACUUCAUGUGAACAAAAUACAUGUACAUGUAUGUAGUGAUCAUUGUAGAAGUAUAUUGAUGCCCUUUGCAAGGUCAUGACAAGAAAGAAGAAAACAAUGACCAUGCCGUUCCACUUCAAUGAUAUGUUUGCCGUUCUCUGUUCCUCCUUGGGUGCAUGUGCAGCAGCUUGUCAAAUCUUGAAGGAGUGACAUCCGUUGAACAGUCAAAUUUCACUUUGGAUGUAGGUAGCUGUUACCUGUACAUGUAGAUGCAAACCAAGCUCUGAACUUCACUGUUAAUUAAACAAGUUUGUUUUUGACAACUG